CGUCCUGGUGCAAUUUGGGGGAUAAUGGACCACGGAUGAUGGGAUUUGCAGUACCUUCACCCACAUCCAAACUACUGCUAACCCUAUCAGCCAUGGAGCUGCAUCAAUUUCUCAUGGGUCCAUUCAUAACAUCCAUUUUUUUCAAACAACACUGGGUACCCAGGCUAUAUAAAAAAACUGACAAAAACUGCCUUGAGUAUAAGAAAAACCUGGUCCUCCAGCACUUUUGGAGGAAGUUGAUCCCAGAGUUGCCCUGGAGGACCUAGAAAUUGUACAAAAAAUAGUAUUAUUCUAAUAACUGACUGUAAUCUCCCUAUUAUCAAGGAAAAAUCAUAUAUUUGCACGGAAGUGGCGGGGCCUCAGGUUCUAGGGCAAUACCUCCAUUUGUUGCCAUCAGAGGUGGGCUGAGUCUUGGUUGCUAAGAGACAAGACCCAUUAGGUUUCCUGGGAGCUGUGAUUUCAGUUGCUGGGGGCGUGGCCUCAGUUACUAAGGGGAGGAGUCUCAGAUACUAGAAGACAAACAUUUGGUUGGUUGCUAGGGCCUUGGUCUUCAGUCUUCUCAAGGUGGUCAGUGAGGAGGGUCUCUUAACAGGCAACGUGGCCUGUUGUCCCAACUCUUGUCCAACUUUGGGGGGUGGGAGGUCCCUUUGGGGGGGCAUCCUGCUCCCCUUCAUUGCUCCUCCUGAUUCCUCUUCCAUUAGACUGCCCCGCCCACCCUUCUGUACCCCUAGAUAUCAUUAAGAGGUCCCGAGGAAAGGGACCACUGCCAUUAUGGGGAAGAAGAAACCCCCUCCGAAGAAAGGCAAGAAGAAAAAGGGGGAAGACCUGGAUGAUCUGAAGAAGGAAGUGGACAUCGAUGACCACAAGCUCUCCUUGGAAGAACUCACCCAGAAGUAUAAGACUGACCUGAGCACAGGCCUUACUACAACCCAAGCGGCAGAAAUUUUGGCCCGGGAUGGCCCCAACGCCCUGACGCCGCCCCCGACCACGCCAGAGUGGGUCAAAUUCUGUCGCCAGCUCUUUGGGGGCUUCAGCAUCCUGCUGUGGAUCGGGGCCGUCCUCUGCUUCAUUGCCUAUGGCAUCCAGGAACUCAUGGAGAGCCACGCGCAAAUGGACCACCUCUACCUGGGUAUUGUAUUGACAUCGGUGGUGGUGAUCACAGGCUUCUUCUCCUAUUACCAGGAGGCCAAAAGCUCCCAGAUCAUGGAGUCUUUCAAGCACAUGGUACCACAGAAAGCCCUGGUCAUCCGGGACGGCAAGAGGACGCAGAUCAAUGCGGAGGAAGUGGUGGUGGGGGACUUGGUGGAGAUCAAAGGAGGAGACCGGAUCCCCGCCGAUUUGCGGAUUGUCUCGGCCAGCGGCUGCAAGGUGGACAAUUCCUCCCUCACGGGUGAAUCAGAGCCGCAGAGCCGAAGUGCAGAUUACACCCAUGACAACCCACUGGAAACGCGCAAUAUUUGUUUCUUCUCAACCAACUGUGUGGAAGGAACUGCUCGAGGCGUCGUGAUCUUAACGGGAGAUGAUACCGUGAUGGGACGCAUUGCUUCCUUAGCGUCCGGCCUGGAGGAAGGAUCCACCCCCAUUGCCCGAGAGAUUGAACACUUCAUCCAUAUCAUCACCUCUGUGGCUGUUUUCCUGGGAGUUACCUUCUUCAUCCUGGCCAUUAUACUCGGUUACCGCUGGCUGGAAGCAGUUGUCUUCUUGAUCGGCAUAAUCGUGGCAAACGUCCCCGAAGGGCUCUUGCCCACUGUCACUGUCUGCCUGGCCCUCACAGCCAAGCGCAUGGCCUUAAAGAAUUGCCUGGUGAAGAACCUGGAGGCAGUGGAGACGCUGGGCUCCACCUCCACCAUCUGCUCAGACAAGACCGGAACCUUGACCCAGAACCGUAUGACUGUUGCUCAUAUGUGGUAUGACAAUGAGAUCUUUGCUGCUGACACCACUGAGCAACAAGCAGGGGCAGUGAUGAUGAAACGCUCACCCACUUGGUUGGCCCUCACCCGUAUCGCCGGGCUCUGCAACCGGGCUGACUUCAAGCCUGGGCAGGAGGACGUCCCUGUUGCCAAGAGGGAAACUACUGGGGACGCAUCUGAGUCAGCACUCCUGAAAAGCGUAGAGCUCUCCUACGGGUCUGUGGCGACCAUGCGGGAGCAGAACCCUAAAGUAGUGGAGAUUCCUUUCAACUCCACCAACAAAUACCAGCUGUCCAUCCAUGAAGCCGAGGAUAAACCCAAAGGCCACAUCCUGGUGAUGAAAGGGGCUCCCGAGAGGAUCCUUGAUGUAUGUUCCACCAUCAUGAUUAAUGGGAAGGAAGUCAACUUGGACAAAACAAUGCAUCAGGCCUUUCAGAAUGCUUAUCAUGAGCUGGGAGGGCUGGGCGAGAGGGUGCUGGGUUUCUGCCAGAGCUACCUCCCUGAGAAGCAAUUUCCCCGAGCCUUCAAAUUUGACGUGGAGAAAGUCAACUUCCCCAUCAACAAACUCUGCUUUGUUGGGCUCAUCUCCAUGAUCGACCCGCCUCGGGCAGCUGUGCCAGACGCCGUCGGGAAAUGCCGAAGUGCCGGGAUCAAGGUGAUCAUGGUGACUGGGGAUCAUCCGAUCACCGCCAAAGCCAUUGCCAAGGGAGUGGGCAUCAUCUCUGAGGGGACUGAGACGGUAGAGGACAUUGCUGAACGACUCAACAUCCCCGUCUCUGAGGUGAACCCAAGAGAAGCCAAGGCCUGUGUGAUUCAUGGAAGCGACCUCAAAGAUAUGACCUCUGAAGAAUUGGAUGACGUCCUGAGGAACCACAGCGAGAUUGUCUUUGCCCGCACUUCCCCGCAACAGAAACUCAUUAUUGUGGAAGGGUGCCAGCGGCAGGGAGCCAUUGUGGCCGUGACGGGUGAUGGAGUGAACGACUCUCCCGCGCUCAAGAAGGCCGACAUCGGCAUCGCCAUGGGCAUCGCUGGCUCCGAUGUCUCCAAACAAGCUGCAGACAUGAUCCUGCUCGAUGACAACUUUGCCUCCAUCGUGACAGGCGUGGAGGAAGGCCGGCUGAUCUUUGACAACCUCAAGAAGUCCAUCGCCUACACCUUGACCAGCAACAUCCCAGAGAUCUCCCCUUUCCUGAUGUUUAUCAUCUUGAGCAUCCCAUUGCCUCUGGGAACCAUUGCCAUCCUGUGCAUUGACCUGGGGUCUGACAUGGUGCCCGCCAUCUCCCUGGCCUACGAGAAGGCGGAGAGUGACAUCAUGAAGAGGCAACCACGCAACUCCAAGACAGACAAGCUAGUGAAUGAACGCCUCAUCAGCAAGUCGUACGGGCAGGUCGGCAUGAUGCAAGCCAUUGCCGGCUUCUUCACUUACUUCAUGAUCAUGGCUGAAUACGGGUUCUUCCCCACCACCUUGUUAGGGAUCCGCCUGGAUUGGGACGACCAAUCCAAGAAUGACUUGGAGGACAGCUAUGGCCAGCAGUGGACUUACGAGCAGCGGAAAGUGAUCGAAUACACCUGCCACACCGCCUUCUUCUGCAGCAUUGUGGUUGUGCAAUGGAUGGACCUGAUCACCUGCAAGACCCGGAAGCUUUCUGUCUUCCAGCAGGGCAUGAAUAACAAGAUCCUGAUCUUCGGCAUCAUUCAGGAAACCACCCUGGCGGUCUUCCUGUCAUACUGCCCCGGCAUGGAGGUUGCCUUGCGCAUGUACCCGCUCCAGCUCAUGUGGUGGAUUUACCCCAUGCCAUUCAGCCUGCUGAUUUUCGUCUAUGACGAAAUCCGGAAGCUUAUUAUCCGCAGACAUCCUGGUGGUUGGUUUGACAGGGAGACCUACUACUGAUCUGACGACUUUGCUGAUUUUAAAGAUGUUCUAGUGGUGUGUUACCUUUGGGCGGAAUGGUGUCAAAAUUAUUCCUAUAAGAAAUAAAACAGCUCUUUAAUUCAAUGAAAUAAUCUAAGAUGUAUUUUUCUUCCCUGUCUUUCCACGAUUCUUUUUGACUGCAUUGAUCGACUGACAAAAGGGCAAGUAAAACCCCAAGAAAUAGGGCAAACUGUCACCAAAGGAUUCUCACAACAAAUAAUAUAAUUGAAGAAAACAAUGGCCAAAGAAUACUUUACACACUUCAUGAGGUCACCAUAUAUCAACAGGUGUCUUUAAUUAUAGGCACCAAUAAAAGCAACUUUCACUAAAUGUAUAAGAAACAACUUUUGGCCACACAAGGUGGAAGUUUUGUGUAGUUUUAGUAACUUUAACAAACUCCAGUCCAAAAAUACAGAGAGGACAGGGAAAGGGAAUAAGCAAUUUCUCAGAGCUCAGCAACUAUUAAUAUACUGUGAAAUCCAUUUUAUACUCCUCUCCCUGGCUUCUCAAAAUCUUGGUUUGCACUAGAUUGAUGCACCGAAAGAGAAAAUAAGCUGUAGAUGGAAGA